AUGGACGCCAAUGACGAUGCCAAUGGUUUCUGCUUCCCCUAUGACGUGCUCCUCGAGAUCCUCCAUCGCCUCCCAGCUCGCGCCCUCGCUGACUCCCGGCGCGUCUGCCACGCGUGGCGCACCAUCAUCGACGCCCACAGCCUCCUCCUUCCCCACGCCUUCCCGCGCGAGUUCCCUGGCAUCUACACUAUCAUCUACUAUGGAUUCACAUCUGACUCUGCCUUGUUCGUCCGGCCUAUGUCACAGUCGGAUGAGCCUGGCUAUCGACGCCCUUUCAGCUGGGGCGAUUGGGGCAUGUGCACACAACAACACUGCAAUGGCCUCUUCCUUGUCCGGGAUAGUUACCACCUGGAAUAUGCCAAUGAAAUGUACGCGUGCAACCCAACGACAGUACGGGCUGCCCAUCUGCCAAGGCCUCCGACACCGUGGCCAUGCAAUGUUGAGGGAAUGUUUCUCGCCUUCGACCCGGCCAUGUCACGGUAUCACAAGGUAUUCCUCCUUCCUUCAAAGAAAGUACCCUACCGUUGGUUCACCGAAAAAGAGCAGUGGGAUUUAGAAGAGGAAGAAUCCUAUGGUUUUGCUAGCCAGUUUGGUGAGCUCGAUGGCAAGGCAAUAAAGAUGCUGCCUUUGCUGGUGUUCUCGUCACAAACUGGGCAAUGGGAGGACAAGAAGUUUGCACCUGGGCGUUGCGCCCCAGGGCACAUCUAUGACGUGGUGACCACACCGCGUGGUUUCAAAAGGUUGGCAUGGUCAGCCGAGUACUGGCAUGGAUCGCUCUAUGUGCAUUGUCACAGUGGCGUCCUCUUGAUCUUGCGUUGCUCAGAAGGGGUGUACGACAUGGUCCAAUUGCCAGGGGAUUUGGCUCCGUAUGAUGACGAAGAGGAUAAGGAGUCAUGGGACCUUCCCAAGAGAUCUGUUUUAGCGAGCUAUGAGAGAGGGGUUUGCUAUGUGACCCUCAACAAGUACCAUCUCAUGGUAUGGGCACUGAUAGAAUCUACCGACGGUCAACUUGAGUGGACGUUGGCACACGAGGCCGACCUUAGACCGCAUAGUCGUAGUAUGGAAUCUUUGAAGAGAAAAGCAAGACCGAGGAUGAAAAUGGAAUGGGAGCUGGUCGAAACGGAUGAAAAACUAAUUAGCUUGUCAGGACAAAGCAGUAAUGAGGAAAUUGAUGAGGAUCAUGAUACUGGAGAGGAAGAAUACAACGAAGGCGAGGUCGAAGAAGUGGAGAGGAGUAGUGAGGAAGAUGACAAGAAUGAUGAUAUUGGAGAAGAAAGUAACGAUGACGAGGCCGAAGAACUUGGGAGCGGAGAGGGCUCCGUGUACUCAUGGAACUCGGACGAGCACAACUUCAUCGACUUAGACGAAAGUGAUACCACCGACUUAGAGGGAUACUUGUUCAGGAUCAUUGGUUUACAUCCGCACAAGGAUGUGCUUCUCCUAAAUUUUUGCUCAUGUGUGGUGGCAUAUCAUCUUGGUACCUCGAGAAUGCAGUACUUAGGUCACAUUUUUCCUAAACAACUGACACAGAAUGCUGCAAACGUCCGUUGUGCCUUCCCUUAUCGCCCUUGCUACUUCGAUGCGCUCCCUCAGAGGAAGUCCCAACCAUCUUAA